UCGUCGCGUUAUUUUGUUUUGAACCGCGCUGUUCUGAAAAAUCGUAGCUUGUGAUAGACAACGGCGGCGUACGCAACCGGGGUCUACAGCUGACGAAAAUAAACGCCUGUCAUGGGUUCGUGGUACAAUCGAUUAGACGUUAGGUGAAGGAGCGCUUGAAGGAACCGAAGAUGGAGGUGCGGAGACGUUCUCUGUUUUCCCAGAGGGAGUAUGAGAGGACAGGAAGACAGUGGAGCAUCUUGGGUCAUGAGGAUAAUACUGCAACUCAAUCUAUCAAGCAGAUCACAGAGUGCGAGUGGGAUGAGACGGACACGGAGAGCUACGUCUCCAAUGUGCUGACGGGAGCCUUGCUGGAGCACAUUACCUUUAAAUGCCUCAUCCUCUUCGUCAUCUUUGGCAACUCCAUCAUCAUCGCCCUCCAGACCUCCAACCCCGUCCUCACCAAGAAAUAUGAAAUCACAUUCACUGUGUGUGAGCACAUCAUCCUGACUGUGUUCACCUGGGAGAUCCUGGUCAAGUGGUACUACGGCUUUGGAAUUUUCUGGAGGCAUGGCUGGAAUAUUCUGGAUUGCGUGGUGACUCUGGCCCUGCUAAUCAGCCCAGAAAUAUUUCCACAUGAAUCAGGUCACGUCUUCAAAGUCAUGAGGGUUCUGCGUGUGGUGCGCUGUGUCAGCAGCUUCGCCACUAUGCACGGCGUGGCCAUGAUGCUGCAGGUCAUAUGGCAGUCCCUUCCAGACCUCACCAACAUCUUCCUGCUCCUCAGCAUCACCAUGAUGAUCUUUGCUGUCUUCGGAGUCACCCUCUUCAGCACAUCAGUGCCGUCUGCAUUUGGGGACCUGACGGCCGCCCUCUUCUCACUCUUCAUCUGCAUCACCCAGGACGGCUGGAUGGAUAUUUACGUUAAGUUUAGCGAGGGUUCGAGCUCACUGCUCUACGGUGGUUCACUGUACUUCUUCAUUUUCCUGACCAUUGGUGCUUUCGUAUUUGGCAACCUGUUCGGCGCCGUGGUAACCACAAACCUAGAGAUGUCCAUGGCCGACGAGAAUGAAAGCACCCUUUCUAUGAUGAUCAAUGAGAAUGCCCUGCCGGAGAACCGCAUGACCCAUGUGGAGGAGGUGCUGGCUCGCACCAGCAUGAGCACGAGGCAGAAGCCCUGGAAAGGCACCUGGCUGGAGAGCCUGCGCAUGGAGAACUUUGAGGAGCUGGUGCUGGUCCUGGACCAGAUGCAGAGGAACAUGAAGGAGUACAAGAGCAUACGUCGGCAGCUGGAGAGCAUCGUGGAUGAGGUUCACAGCUUGCCCUUCAACCUGGAGCAGGACAACGACGUGAUCAUGAGGGACAAGAACGCCACGUCCCUCAAGCAGUCCCUCCUGUCAGACAAGAUCGCCACCGGGCGUCAAGGAGACAUGCUCUCCACCCUCAUGACACUGGAGAAGGCGCACGUCAUCGAUUCGUUGCAGGACUCGCCGUCCGCCUUCCAGAAGGGCUUGCGGCACACGGCCCUCCGCCGGGCCUCCGCCGGCCCUUCAGCCCCUCCACCAGAGGGCGUCCAUUCCUCCUCUUCUUCAGAUAAGGCUCACCAGGAAGUGUAGAGACAGGCCCCCAUACCACCGACCGACCACCACACAUAGAGGGCACCCAUGCAAGAUAUUCCACUUCGAAAAUAAAUAAAUAAAUUAUAUAUAUAUAGGUAUAUAUACA